UUCCUGAUUAAGGUGAUGUCAGAAAUAACCUAACAAUGUUGUCGUUUUGCCUUUUCACACUUUGUGUUAUUUUUGUUGUGAACCCUCUUGUAUCGGGCUUGUCGGUGACCCGAACACUUUCCCAAGAUAUCUUACUUGAUAGAAACACAUCAGCAUCCAAACCAUUGAUAAGGUCAUCAUCUGGAUCUGGAUGCAAGUGCACUAAUUAUGACUGUGGUUGUUGUGCUUAUCUAGAUAUGCCAAAGGUCCACAUCGACGACACUGGCUGUGUGAACCUGACCUAUCUUCCAGACGAGUAUGGUAUUUUAUUGACCUUCACCUUAGAUGGAAACGUCAUCUUCAAAGAAAAGGUUUCUGCAAAGAAUCCUCCACCAGUCUGCUUUGGUGUGCCGCAUUUCAAAGACUACGUCAGCCUUUGCUUACGUUUCUACAACUUAUCGGCUGAUCUGAGUCACUUUAGCGGCUGUGUGAAAGUGGAGGCCCGCCUUUACAAAGUAAUCACAGAAGAUAUAGACCUUGGUUGUUUUCAUUUUGGAGGUGAGAAAGAUAAACUGGACUGGUUUAACAAAGAGAUAUUGACUAAUCAGAUAUUUGACUCAAAGUUUCCUUAGAGGUCAUCAACUAGGUCAUCGAGAGUCUCGACUUCUAAGAUUCAGUAUCCAUUAAAACCCAUUGAAGAUUCUCCUUCUAGGUCACUACACAUUUUAGUAAUCAGUCACCUUUUAUGGUAAGUUAUAUCCUCAGAAUCCUUGUGGCUGGCACUCACGCCUUUAAAACCCUGUUCUAUCAAGUACAGUAGAACCCCUCUAUUAAAGACACCCAUGGUACUGACAAGUGCCAUCCUUAAUAGAGAGGUGUCCUGAUUAGAGAGGUCAAAUUGAAUGGAAACAACCAAUUUUGUCCUUGAUAGAGAAGGUGUCACUAAUAGAGAGGUGUCUGCUAUGGUAGAGUCUACUGUAGCAGUAGCCAAUCAGUACACAGCCGGGGAUAGCUAGCUUUUUGGUCUGGGGUCGGGGGGGGCAAGAGGGGCAUGUCUGAGGGGCCAAAAUAUAAUUUUAAAAUUUUUUCAGCCAAUAUCAUGCCCAAAAACACACAUGUGGUGUCUUCCUGGGGGGGGGGGGUUGCCACCCCUGCAAAGUCUACGUUGUAAAUAUCUAGAGUAGUGUCCAGGGGUGAGCUAGAAUUUGUAAAUGCUUGCAGUUUCUCAUUGUAUGACAGUUUCACACAAUUAUUGUAUCUAUUAAGACCUGGUUCAGGUCUUGUUGGGUGUGCUUUGUGGCUGUCACUAGCUAGAUGCCCUCUGACUCUGGGGGUCAUCUCAAAAAAUGUGCACAUGUACAGCUGCUUAUUCAGUACAUGUAUUUUGUAUCAGAUGAUCAAAUUGUCUAUAACUUUUUUUUACUUGUGAUGAAAAAUUGUCCUAAGCUUUUGAUUGUAUAUGUAUAUACAUUUACAUAAAUAAUAAAUA